AUGCACAAAAUCUCCAACUUCACCGGUCAAGCUCGUCAUGGCUGGGAACGGAUGACGCCCGCCUUUGGGAUGUCGCGCCCUCACGCCGACAUCCAUGCCGCUUCUCAGCCCCUACGACGUCCGCAUGGUACUCCGGCCCUAACGCCUCCAACCGCCGUCGAUCCCACGGUCAAUCUCUCCUUCAACGUGCCCUUCUCGUCGUAUCUGUCCGGCCCAGAUGUCGAGGAUGUCCUCCAUGCGAGUCCUGGUGCUCUGCAGCGCUGGAUCUUUCCCGAAGGCACCCCCGAAGGCACCCCUAUCCACAACCUGCCCGUACACGUCAGUCAUGUUGAGACUCUUCGGAAACUAUGCCGCACCGUCAGUGAGACGAGUGGUGGUAGACUCGAGGCUGUCGUGACAACCUCUGAGCCCAAGUCUCUGCCUUCCGUGCAACGCCGCCACCAAGCUCUCGUUACUAAUGUCUGCCUCUCGGGUGAUGGGGAGACCGUUCGCAAGAUGAGAGCCAAGAUUUUGAACGAGACUCCCAUUUCUUUGCGAUGUGCAAACGUCGAUGUUGACAUGCAUCUGAUAAUGGACACGUCAACAAAGGGUAUUCGUGUUAACGUCCUGGAGCACCUGGACACUCUGGCUCAGUACACUGGUGCCGACAUCUUUCUCCUCAGCCCCAAGAUGGUUGACGCCGACAGUGCCGUCGUCUCCUCAUAUGGGGCCGACAAUGGCUUGGAUAACCGCUUUCGGGUUGCUAUCUACGGAGAUAUGGAGAGUGUGGAGCAUGCCAAAACACGCUUGCUCAUCAUGAUUGAUCAAAUUCUGAAACGACACGUGGAUGCCAUGAAACUCGAAUUGACAAUGCAUACCCUCGUCUGCGGUCGCACUCGGAAGAAUAUCAAGCUGAUCGAAGCUGUCACCGACACCGCAAUCUAUUUUCCACCACCAUUUCCUCGUAUCUUUGGCUAUACGCCACCUGGUGCUCACCGACGAAGCGAGGAUGAAGUCUACAUCACCGGCGAAAGCAUGGAGAAUAUCGCAAGAGCCAAGCAAAAGCUACACGAGCUUGUUUUGGGGGUUAAGAUUUAUGUCAAAGACGUCGUCUUGUCCUCUAGCAAGAUCGACAACAUUCUGUUGGACCGUUUGGACAAAGUUCGGAAAGUCAUGGAAGCUAAUGGCUCUUACGUUCUGUUCCCACAACUGGGCAGCCAGCGUGGCCUUGUGCGCAUUCAGGGAACUGAGGUUUUGCAUGUUGAGCGCACCGUGCGCGAGAUUAUGGCCUUGGCCGGUCAAUUCUACAGCGCUUCCUGGUGGAUCAUCAUGUCGGAUGCGAAUCAAGGAGGCAUCCGCUCUCCAUCUCCCCAUGAAGUCAGGCCUAUGCUAUCGGAUAUUUGCAUCAAUUCCGAUGCCGACGUGAGCUUCGAGAAUAUGACCUUCUCCAUCAAUGGAUCUGAUGACGCUGUCAAGGCCGCGAUGAAUGUCAUCUAUCAGAUCCCAUUUGUCAAACGCUGCCCAUAUCAAAUCCGCGUCAAGAUUGAACUCGCCAACGAGCACAAGGAAUUUGUGAGCGGCAAGAAGAACGGCAAAAUCAAUAAGAUUAUGGGCCAGAGCAAUGUCCAGAUCAUCUUUGAUGGAUUCAAUGAAUACAAUUUCUACAUUGAUGUCUGUGGUACUCAGUAUGAUGCUACCAAAAACGGUCUGGAUUUGGUGGAGCAAGAGAUGCCGGCAUCUAUCUCCUUCCAUGUACCGGAUCAGUAUCAUAAACGAAUCAUCGGCAUUGGUGGUCAACAUAUUCAACGCAUCAUGAAGAAGUAUUCCGUGUUUGUCAAAUUCUCCAAUGCGAUGGAUCGUGGCGGUAUCGGCAAGGAGGAUGACGAUGUCAAGGUCGACAAUGUGAUUUGCCGAACCCCGGCAAGGAAUGCACAGAGCUUGGAUCUUGUGAAGCAGGAAAUCAUGGACAUGGUCGAGAAAGUUGACGCCGAAUAUGUCUCCGAAACAGUCCUCAUCAACCGCCUUUACCACCGCGAACUCCUGACUCGUAUCCGUGAAAUCGAAGAGCUUGAGAAAAAGUGGAACUGCAAGAUUGAAUUUCCAAGUACCGAGCUCGCGAGUGAUGUGGUGACUAUUUCAGGCCCCGAAUAUCAGGUCCCCCAAGCGGUUGAUGCCUUCCUGGGAAUGGUACCUGAAAAUCAUGAAUUGUCUUUCCAGAGCUCAGCAGAAUUGAGAGAAUUUUUCAAGUCUGCAGAGUUUGCUGACGAUGUUCGUGGGAAGCUAAAGGACCAGUACGAGGUCGAUGCUGCUGUUGAUAUGGCUGCCGAGCUCCCCAAAUCUGGAGCCGAAAAUGGGACUUCAUCUCCAGUUCCUCCGGAGGAUCGGGUUGUACUUGGAUAUACUCGAAACAAUGCCGGAGGACUAAAGGACGCGAUAGAUUUCUUGAUUUCGCGUCUGGUCGCUCAUGGACUCGAUGCUACGACAGUCAAGGGCGCUAUCCCGCGUCCAAAGUCUGAUUCUUUUGAAGAGUCUCUUCCAUUCUUCGACUCCAAAUUAUUGCAGCACGCUCCGGCCCCUCUUGUGACAGACUCGCCAACUCGGCCUAGUUUCGGCGACGAUGCCAGCGAACGCGGAUCCAUUUUCGAAAGACUUCGCAAGCCCGGAAGCAUUUCGUCGUUUUCUUCGUUUAUCGGCCGUAAAAACCACGCCGCAUCGCCCGCAUCCUUCUUCAAACACGCGUCUAGUAACGCGUCCAAGGCAUCUUUGAUUUCCAUGGAAUCCCGCGACAGUGGUUAUCGGAACCCAUGGAAUGACUCGGGCGUUAACCUGCCUGAGGAAGAUAUUCACCAUGUGGGUAGUUCCCACAGCCAUAAUAGUAGCAGCAGCAAUGGCUGGCCAGCUCGCUUCGACAUGAAAUUUCCGUUUGGCACCGCGCCUGGUGACAUUACUCCUAAACAUGAUCUGCGCGCUUCUUUCGAUUCUGGUCGUCCCAGUACUUCCAAUUCUACUUCUGGAUACCCGGCCCCGAUUGGGCCACCUCGUUGA